AGAAAAUGUCAUCUUUCAAAGAUGGCUAAAGCAUGAUCAGUAAAUUAGAAAACAUAUACAUAAUAUUAGAUAAUAAUUUAUUUGACAGGAAGUUUUAUACAAUAGAAAUAUAGAAAUUAUUAGGAAUGUUAGAUCCUAAUAGUCAAACUCAAAAUGCUCCAUUUCAAAAUGAGGGAAAUAAACCUCGACCGCCUUCGGCAGAAUAUAAAUUUACUCCAGAUGAGAUGCGAGUAUUAAGAGAAUGUAAUACAGAAAGUUUUUUUCAAAGAUCGUUGCCACUAGGAACAUUAUUGGGUUUAAGUACUUUCUAUGGAGUAAAAGCCGGCUAUUUGAAACCACAUAUAAAAUGGGGACCUACACCAAAAGUGAUGUUAGCUGUUACGGCUGGAUAUUUCAUAGGAAAAUUUUCUUACCAAAGUGUGUGUGCAGAAAAAUUUAUGAAGUUACCUGACAGUCGGUUAGGUGAAAUAUUACGCCAGAGACGUAGAGGAGUAGUGCGCGAAGAUAUUGAGCCUGGUCUUGGAACUAGUAUGGCGCUUGCACCAUUUUCAUCAGUAUCGUCCAAUGAAGUAUAUUCUGAUUUACCCCAACAAUCAACAAGUUUGAACAUUGAUUCAAGUAGACCUAGUUAUCCUGGUUUAAAUGAUUCAAAUCGACCGUCAUUAGAUUCACCAGAAACAUCACGAUUUGAUGAUCAAGACGUGAAUGUACCAGCUGUUGGAUUGAAAACUUAUGAUGAAUUACGUAAAGAAAAUCGUGCAGAAUAUCAAAAGAAUCGUGGUGUAAAUUACAGGGGUAUUGUUGAGCCUACAACACCGCCUCUCGCACAAAGAAGAAGUCCAACUGAAUUCGAAACAGAUGUCCCACCAAGUAGUCUUACAGGGAAAAGGAAUAAAUAUGGUGACAUAAUGGAUUAGUCAAAUAGUGGUUGUCGUUUUAGUUAUUCAUGCAGCAAUUUUUAAAUAUUAAAUAAUUUUAUUUU